UUGAAGGUUACUCCUGUAUUUGACGUUGAUAUUAUUGUCGGAGAGAAAUCAAGCAUCACUAUUUCAAAUCCAUCUGUACCAGUUAAACAGCUGUCAACAUUGAAUCCCAUCGAGAUAGCUGGUAUUGCCAUAGGAGUUUUCGUCUUUGUAUUGUUGGUUGUUGUCUUUCUCUUGUGGUACUUAAGAAGACAAAAGCGAAUCAAAGAUGGAGUUCUUGUCGGUGGCAAGGGCGCAGUGAUUGAUCUGUGGGARGUACCUGUGGAAAAAAUCUACCUGGAGGAAGAACUGGGCGAAGGAGCUUUUGGAAAGGUUUUUAAGGGAAUCUUGCUUGAGUUACCAGAACAAUCAGCCAAGUACUCUAUUGCAAAAAGUAUCAGGAGGAAGAGCCUAAAACCUUUGAAUCAAGAAGAUGGCUUCGUUGUGGCCGUAAAGAUGUUACACGACAUGGCAGAUGCCGAGCAAACGAGAGAGUUUCUGAAGGAAAUCCAGCUUAUGAAAGACGUUGGCUCACAUCGUAACAUCGUGAACAUGUUGGGUUGUGGUACACUCAGUGAUCCAAUGUUUCUUAUCGUGGAAUAUCUACCUAAUGGUGAUCUACUCCACUACCUGAGGAAACGACGAGGAAAGGCAACAAAAUACCCAGAUAGCGAUCCUCGUGGUCCAUACCACUCUACCUACUGCCAGACGUACUUCAACAAGAACAAACCUGAAGAAGGAUUAUUAGUUCAGGCAUCACGCAGCAACAGGAUCUACGUUCACUCACCAGAAAACGCUAAAGAGUCAAGCCCAGGCGACAUCCAACUACUAUCUGUCCAACGCGUGGAGACUGGUAACAAUGACGUCGUUGCCACGGGUUACGAUUCAGAGGAUUGUGAGAAGGACGAUAUUGAUGAUGAUAUCUUGACACCUGGUGAUUUGAUGGCCUUCGCAUGGCAGGUGUCGCAGGGCAUG